AUGAGCGACGACGACUACUUUGACGAUGAGCUGGACUCAGCAUUCAUCAACGAGGUUGAGGCCAUAGAAGCUGCCCAUAUACCUCCGUCCGCACCAGCUGCGGCAAGUCGCCCAGCCACUGCGAAUUCGGCUUCCUCUCCUCGUCGCGCGUCUGCAUCACAUAUCAUCGAGCUCGACGACUCCAGUGACUACGGCGAUGCUUUCGACGACGUGAUCGUGGACGAUGCGGCACUAGCUCAGUUCGACGCGAUAUGUCAGCGAGAGCUUGACAUUCAACACGGUAGACUCCAGCCACCCGCUAAUCCAGUCCCAGGGCCGUCCAGGGCAAAUGGGCUCGUUCGAAGGCCCUCCAAGGGCGCCCAGUUGACUCUCUUCGGGGACGUCGCAAACGACGUCGAACCCGCGAAACCAGCAGCUCCACCUCCAAGACAAUUUCAGCGCACCCGCUCGAGACAGAUGCCCCUUGCAGGGCAGGCGAAGAAGACGAAGCAGUGGGAUCGUACGGCCUAUGCGAAGACUGGCUGGAGAAAGCCCAAGGCAAUCCCAGACAAGGGGAAGGGUCGAGCCUCAGAUGAUGAAGCAGAGGAAGAAGCCAUGGAAUUCGAACAAUUCCCUGCCCCCGAGGUUCCCACUCCCACUAUGAAACUGUCUGCGGACAGACUAGCGGCGAAGACGUGGAUAUAUCCGCUCAACAAGCCAAAACGAGAUUACCAGUACAAUAUCGUCAAGAAAUGCCUCUACGAGAAUACACUCGUCGCCCUUCCUACGGGCCUGGGAAAGACCUUCAUUGCUGGAGUGGUGAUGCUAAACUAUUAUAAUUGGUUCCCUCAGGGAAAGGUCGUCUUCGUUGCCCCCACGAAGCCACUUGUAGCGCAACAGAUAGAUGCCUGCCACAAGACCUGCGGAAUCCCAGGUAGUGCCGCCGCUGAGCUCACGGGCAACGUGACCAAGGAUAGGCGCAUCGCAGCAUGGAGGGACAAACGCGUUUUCUACGCCACGCCUCAAACGUUCUUGAACGACCUUAUCAAUCAUCAUGUCGACGCACUAGACAUAGUGCUCAUAGUUGUUGAUGAGGCCCACAGAGGAACAGGGGACUACGCUUAUGCGCAAGUCGUGCGAUACAUGAUGCAACACAAUCCUCAUUUCCGCAUCAUGGCGCUCACCGCAACCCCCGGAAGCAAGCCCGAAGCUGUUCAGGAAAUUGUGGAUGCAUUACAUAUCAGCCACAUCGAAAUCCGCAACGAAUCCGAUUCCGACCUCAAGAAGUACCUCCACACGAAACACGAGACGGAACACCACGUCCACAUGACAGAAGACAUUGUCCUGAUUCGGGAUGCAUUAGCCUCCCUCAUGACACCCCUCAUCAAGAAGGUGCAGGCUGCCGGAUUCCUCAAGAAUGGCAACACUGCUCCAAGCAUGUUGCACCCCUUCCGGUGUCAAUCUACGGUCGGUGAGAUGGCCAAGUCGCGAGCCCCGCAAUACGCCAUCGGCGCUGCCGCGCAACUUGGCCCUUUGGCGCGAGCAAUGGGCUACUUGAUGGAGAACAGCAUCGCGAUGUGCUACGGCUACCUGAAGGAUAUCGCUACCGGCGGCGGUGCCGAUGACAGUUCCUCGAAGAAGGCUAUUCGCAAGAUGGAGGGCUUCGCGAACCUCAUGAAGGAGCUCGAAAAACAGGCCUCGCGGGGGUUCUCGAUGCACCCCAAGAUGGACACGCUCCGCACGCUGCUCAUCGACCACUUCGGAAAGGAACUGCCUGAUCCUGCGGACGCAUCAGGCGUGUGCAAGUCGCGCGCUAUGGUGUUUGUUUCCUUCCGGGAGUGCGUGGAGGAGAUCGUGGAGUUGCUCAACAAGGAGUCGCCCAUCAUCAGAGCGAAGGCAUUCAUCGGUCAGGGUACCGAUAAGCAAGGGAAGAAGGGUUAUGCGCAGAAGGAACAGUUGGAGGUCAUCGAACAAUUCAAGGCCGGCAAGUACAAUCUUCUAGUCUCCACUUCGAUCGGGGAAGAAGGAUUGGACAUCGGCGAGGUAGACGUGAUCGUCUGUUACGACGCGCAGAAGACCCCGAUCCGCAUGCUUCAGCGUAUCGGACGGACAGGUCGCAAGGCCGCCGGCGCGGUGCACAUCCUGCUUGCCCAAGGCCGCGAAGAACACAAUUGGCAGAAGGCGCAGUCGAACUACCAAGACGUCCAGCACUUCAUCGUGCGCGCUUCCGACCUCGAGGUGUACGGCGAUGUCGACCGCCUCGUACCCGACGACAUCGAUCCCGAGCCCGUCGAGAUGGAGAUGGAUAUCGAGGAGUACGUGCGCGAGGAGCGCCCCUCGCGCAAGGGCUCAAUGAUGAACGGAGACUCUCCCAAGGCUAAGAAGCGCAAGCGCGACGCGGACCCGCUGCGGAACGUUCCCGCUGCGGCGGCGAAGGGUUUUGUAAGCGUCAAGGAGCUCUUGGUCAAGGCUGGCGGCGGGAAGCGGGCGAAGAAGCUGCAGUUCAACCUCGACCAUGCGGACGAAGACGACUCAACGGACGAAGAGAUCGAAGCGGACGUGAUCGCGGCACUCCGGAGAGCUAAAUCGGCCUCGGCAGUGCCCGAGUCUAGUAAAGGCACGGGCAAGGGCAAGAAGGCGUUGGCUCGGAGCGCGACUACGGCUGGGCCAAGCAAGAAGAAAGCCACUACGGGGACGAAGAAGAAAGCCACGAAAGCUGCCGCCCAAGCGACCCUGACACAACUGGACCUUGCAUCGAGCGACGACUCUGACGACCGGGAGAUAGAGCUUGGACUGGCAGCGUCGAAGAAGGCCUCGAGCUCCUCGGACGGUCGUAAGGCGACUGCCACGAAGGCGCCUGCGGCGAAGUCGCGUAUCGCACGAGCGAGCACGAAGCAAGCCAGACGGUCUAGCUCCCCAGACAUACCGCUCGACAGAUCCAUCAUCGACAUCACUACACCUGAUGGGCCCACGAGUCGUACAGACGCUGCGAUGCUGUUUUCGUCCCCCGAGCGUCCAAUUCGGGCGAAGCGGCCGGUAGCCAGGAGCCCUUCAAGAGACUCUUCACCCGAUCGGCCUUUGCAGUCAACGUCGAGGAGCACGAGCGCUCGUAGCCGCAGCCAAGGGCUAUCCCAGCCUGAUGGGAGGUUCUCACACCCACCAGCGCGUUCUACGUCGCCCUCGUCCCGCAGUGCCUCAGCUGAGAAGCAGGAGGGUGACAUCCAGCGAGAGAAGGGCCCGGGGAACGAUAGCAUGGCAUGGCUAAUCGAAGACGACGACGAGCCGGAUCUUGUACUCACCCCCUCCUCCCCUGCCGAGGCUCGUAGGAGGGCAGAGAGCCUCGCACUAUCGGACGACGAACCUCUCUUCUUGGACUCUUCUCCCCCUCGCAAAUCCUCACCGUUCAACUUCUCCGACGAGCCAGAGUUUCUUGACUCUCCCGUACCGUCUCAGCCGCCACAUAACAAGCUGAGACCCUCCCACAGGACCGCUAUGGGCCCUCCUGCGCUGCCCGCCCAUGUACGGGCGGACCCUUCUCCGCCGCGCUCGGAUGAUCUGCCGCCAGAGCCAACCUUUGCAGUCCGUGCCCCCGGCAAGCUCCCGCGCAAGCGCGUCGCGGACGAAGCCCUCGACCUCGGGUCCUCCCCGCUCGCCAUGCCCCCACCCUCCCAACGCCGCCUCCAACGCGAGCGCCCUCGCUCCCCCUCGCCCCCACCAGCGGCCCCGCCCAAGAAGAAGAAACGCAAAUUCGCCGACGCGAUGGAAGCUGCCCGGCACAACCCGUGGAUCGACGUCGAGGCGACACACUCGGGCGACGAGCUCAGCGUGGGCUCGUCGGAGCCGGACCACGCGCUGGACGGCGACAGCGACGACCGCAUGUUCGUCGACGAGCCCGGGCAGACGCAGGUCUCGCCGUCGUACGACCAGGCGGCGGUGUACCGCCGGAGCCUAAUGACGCAGGCCCCGGGCCGCAGUGGGGCGGGCCCGCUGUUCGCAAAUGGGCCGGUGCGGAGGGGGCGCGCGGCGUUUGGGCCGAGCAGGGCGGGGCCGUCGCGGUAUGCGCGGGCGGUGACGAGCUCGCCGGUGGCCGAGGACGAGGGGCCGGAUGAGUAUGUGUUUGAUAGCUUUGUGGUGGAGGACGACGAGGAGCUCGUGGACGCGGGCGAGCCGUCCAGCGAUAUCUGA